GAGGUCGCUGCGGUUUGAAAGGUGAAAGAAAGGCAUAUGGCGUACGUUUCUAUUUUUGCUAAAAUCUCAAUAAAAUUAAAGUGAAAAAACGGUUAGUGUCGUGCUAGUUGUGAGGAAGAAAUCGAAGAUUAGUUCGCGUUUAUGAUCCAAAUGUUCGACGGCAAAAAAAUCCGGUGAUUUUCUGUUUGUUUACGUAUGUGCGUAUGUUGAGUUUUUUGUUGACGAAUUAUUAGAAAAACGGACUGUGAUAUUAAACUUAGUUGUAACAUCGUUUCGUAAUUAGAUUCCUCGAUUUAUUUAUUAAUUAAUGAUUAGGGCCGAUUUAGUGCGUAAGUGAAUUCGAGAGAUAACCCAACACAAAGACUGAAUUGGACACGAAUUUUACCAAAGACAAAAAGACAGUUUGUAGAUUAGAAAUUGUUGGUCGUUUUGGGAUGUCGGUGACCGAAGAGGCUUCGGCAGCCCCGGCAGACGCGCCGCCUGUCAACGGGGACGAACAAGGUGCCAGUUUGACCGGAAGUACCGAAUUUUCGGAUCCGGCGAUUUUGGCCGUCAAUCCGAAAUUUCGUUACGAAAAAGAGGAGUUGUUAAAGUUGCGAGAUGCUCCAUUAUCUCAACGGAAGCCCGAUUUUUUGGACGUCAAUGAAGUUUCGCCGACUAUUUGGGACCCAACUCGUUGGAAUUUCGAUAAGAAAAAGUCCGAAACUCCGACCGAAAACGGGCCACGGACUGUAGACGAUCACAGGCGUCGUCCUGGUGAUCCGCGCGAACGCAUCCGGAAGGAAAACGACGGGAUCGUCUUGAGUCCGCAGCGCCGGAGUUUCAAUUCCGGUUGUUCAAUUCCGGGUCGCGAGACGAGGACGAACAACACGAAUCGGCCUCAUAGUCCUUUAGGGAAGAACGAGUCGCAUUUGAGUGGCGUUAGGGAGAUACAGACGAAUAGUCGAAGGAUCGGAAGUGGGAGAAUUCUAAGAGAUUCGUGGGAUUUCGGCGAGAAACAGGAGAACGAAACUGAGUACAAUUUUAGACCGCAACAGAGGAGCGAAAAUCAGGAGAGAAGGUCGUUUGGGCGAGAUUUUGACGUCGGAAGGGACAAGGAGAAGAGGAAUGGUGGAAGGUUUAACGAGAGGAGAAGAAUCAGCGGCGAAUCCCGUGACGAGGAGCCCGAAUGGUUCUCAUCCGGUCCGUCUUCCCAAAACGAUACAAUCGAAUUGCGCGGUUUCGACGAUUCGGAUCGUCUCGGAAAGAAGAAAAUGUCACCGUCGCAAGCGAAACGCGCACGCGAUUGGUUCAAAAAGAAGACUGAAGUGUCGAGUGUGACCGAAGAAAAGGAAGAAAUGAGCGAAGGUGGUCCCGGUGGCCGGUCAACGCCUACGCCGCAGAGCGGUUCAGGUGAAACAAUCGGCGGGGAACAAACAAAUGAGUCAAACACAAACGCGUCUGAAAGUGGAGAUGGUGACGGAAAACACAAUCAAGAGAAGAAUCUGAACGACCAAUCGUCGAUUUUUGAAGAUAUCUUGAAGUCGGAUAGUAUUCCCGGACUGCCAGGGUUGUUAACUAAUGGUGUGGGUGGUGACGGCGACGCGACCGGGAAAUCGCGUUUCAGUAAAUGGUUUUCAGUGGAAAGCAAUGCGUCUGAAAGUCGGCGUUCUUCCAUGCAGGAUGAGCCGAUUUUUAAGAAUUUGUUGAAAGAUUUGAAUGAGCCAAGUGUUUCGAUUCCGGGUGAUUCUAAUUCGUAUUUCGCGCCGAUUUCGCCGGCUGCUAAUACGGGGGGAAGUCUAGGAGGUGCAGGAGGAGGCACUGCCAAGUCCAUUAAUAUUAUGGAGAUGCUACAAAGGGGCAAACAGAGCGAGACUGGAGGAAUGAAACAACAAGUACCGGGUCGUAUUAUGAAUUUGGACGAGCUGGAGGCGAAGAUGAGGCAAAAUACUGAGCCGCAAAUGCACAAACAUCCCCAAAAAUCUGAAGAAGACAUGACUGCGUUUAACCGAUUGUUGGCACACAUUUCUGGGAACCACACAGCUACGGCAAACGGUCCAGUCCCCAAAACUCAGCCAAUGAGCCUAAUGGAGAUGCUCUCGCAUUCGCAGCAACAAGAUGAAGCUCACGCUCGCAUGGCUCAACUUUUAGGUCCAUCAAGUCCUGGUGCUUCACCGCACGACAUCGCCGGUCGUUUACAACAACAAGUCCAAAGUCAACAACAGAAAGAAAUGUUGUCGAAGUUGAUGAGUGCCAAUAUGCCGGUGAGGGCUUCGCCCCUGUCAGAAAUGGGCAUACAACAAAGUCGCGAAUUGUUGAGUCGGCCCGAAGCACAAGCCAUACUUCAAGGUCUGAAAAUUGGAGAUAUAACACCGCAGCAUUUAUACCAACAAUUGGCAAAUCCUGCGCUACAGCCACGCCAUCGUGAGAUGCUCGUCACCAUAUUGAAAUUACAGGGAGGGGGCGUAGGACCCAGUCCUAGAGUACUGAGUCCUGUCGCCCCCCAUCCAAUGUUUCAACAGCAACAACAACAGCAAUUGCGCGUUUCGCCUUUGCCACCCAAUGCAUACUGUGUGUCUCCAAUAAUGGCCACAAGUCCAAACACCCUCACUGUACCCGCGCUCCAUCAACGCAUUCCAUCGCCCCGUGAAUUACAAGUCCAUACCCAAAACAUUCUCCAGAGGGCGCUCAUUAAGAAAAAACUCGAAGAACAACAAGAAAACUAUCGCAAAAAACAAGAAAUGCAACAGCGUGGUCAAAGUCCCAACAACAACAACAACAAUAACAAUACAACAAAUCAAGCGAAAAGUGUUUCGUCUCCAACUCCGUUAGCCUUCACGCCAACUUCAGUAUUACGAAAAAUGACAGCGGAAAAAGACGAAGGCGGGAAAGACGUCACAAAACUUGUCGAAGGUGCAAAAUUGAGUCAAGGUCGUGCCGUGACUGGAAUGCGUCCGCAACAACAGCCCCAACAACAACAACAGCAACAACAAUGGCCACAGUAUCCGUUGAAUAUCAAGCAAGCUGGUCGUCCGAUUGUUAAAGCAAAUACAUUUCAACAACAACAGCCACAACAACAGGAACAGUUUUUUACUCAACAACAACAACAGAAAUUUCUAAAUCAAUUGCAACAACAACAGCAACAACAGCGCAAAGCUACGAAUUAUCACGGCCAUGGUUCGAUGCAAGGUCAUCAUUCCCAAUAUCCCAACACUAAUAAUCAACAGUUCUCUCAGUUGACUCAACAACAACUCAGAGCUCAACAUCAACAACACGCCAGACCGACAAAUGUGGUACAACAACAACAGCAAGGACACGGGAGGGCGUGGCAACAGUACCUUAAUCCGCAGCAAACUAGGGGUCAGGUGGGUCGUGGGGGCACCGACGGGGACCUGUCACCAACCAGCAACCAGUUGACUCGCUGGUUUUCGCCCGAUUUGUUGGAGAGGGCCCGCGUGGGUGAAUUACCGAGCACAGCCGGCUUGUCUCAGAAUUUACUCAGUUUGGAGGAGAUCGAAAGACUUACAGCCCCACCGGUCCACAAUUAAUUUAAAGAUACUCAGUACCUGGCCUCGACUCUUCUAAUUUUUGCAAAUCAAUGUCAACGAAAAGGACUCUUAUAUUUAACAAUUUAGUGGCAUUAUUGUCGUAGAUGACGUGUCAAAAAAAGGAUUUCUUUCGUUUAAAAUAUACUCAACGACCGACCGGUGAAGAAGAACGUGCGACAGAUUCGAUUCAUUGAAAAUGUAAUUUUUGUAUAUAGUCAUGGAAAAUGAUCCAAUUGUGAUAGUCCUAGUAAGUUAACGUCGGAUCGGGUUUGUCGCAGAAAAAACGGUCGAUAAAGCUCCACUAGAUGUGUGUGUGUGUCAGAACGAUGGUUUAGUUCUGUGUCGAGUUUCUGUGGGAUAUUUCGGGAAAAAUUUUGCUUUCGUUUUGGAUUCUGAUAGCGGAGGUUUCAGUUGCGGUUUGAUGUUUUCUCUAGGAUUUUUCGUUUCAUUUUGGUGUUUAAUCGGGGCUUUAGACACCGUUCACUGUUUCAAAAAUAAACAAAAACAAAAAUAUAUAAUAUAUACACAUUAUAAACGUACAAUGUAAGAACAUGCUGUACUAUUGUUAAUUAAGUAUAUAUAAGGAACUGAUGAUGAUGAUGUUUUUCAUUUGUGUUUUCGUGACAAGGUCGGAAAAUUGCAUUUCUCUCUCUCUCCUUCUCAUUCGAGUGUCGAAAUUUCAUCGUAAAACAAACAUUCCGUUCGCGUCGUGUUAUUUAUGUGUUCUUGACUAAAUUUAAAUAAUCAGACUCAUUUUCGUCCGUUCACGUUACUCUUAAUUCUGAAGCUUGCAUGAGUUUUAUUUUUUAAAUGUAAAUUACUGACAUGCAUAUUUUGUUUUCAAAUCAAUAAAACAUUCAAACAA